AUGUUCCUCUUCUUCAAGCUCUGGUCGACCCUCGCUGUUCUCCGCUCAUUCGUUGAUGCAUCUCCACUGCAAAUCGCAUCCCCUCGGCAAAGUCAAGACGAAAUAAGCACAAUGGACACCCUGGAAAUUGAGGGAUUCAAACCGUACACGUAUUACGCAGGUGCAGCCUAUUGCAACCCGUCAACUACGUUGUCCUGGACUUGCGGUAUGCAAUACUGGUAUGUCGGUUACGACGCCGAUAUCGACACCAUCAUUGUGGGCCACCAAGGAACUGAUAUAGCUAAACUGUUGCCCGUAGUCACCGACGUUGUUUUCCUUUUGUCCCCGCUCGAUGCUACUCUCUUUCCUAACGUCAGCUCCGGUGUCCUGGUUCACAGCGGUUUCAAGCAGGCUCACGCCAACACGGCGACAGUCGUUCUCGCGGCCGUGACGAAAGCCAUGUCGACUUAUUCGACGAAUACUAUUACCGUCGUUGGACAUUCCCUCGGAGCUGCAAUCGCCCUACUCGAUGGUGUUUUUCUUCACUUGCAGCUUCCGUCAGCAUCUGUAUCCGUAAAGGGCUACGGAAUGCCUCGAGUGGGAAACCCGCAAUUUGCGGAUUACGUUGAUCAGCAUCUGCCUGUCUCUCACGUUAACAAUAAGAAGGACUUCGUUCCAAUUCUUCCUGAACGAUUCUUGGGCUUCGCACAUUGUUCCGGAGAGAAGCAUAUUAAUGACUCCAGCGUGUGGAUAAACUGUCCAGGCCAAGACAAUGAGAGCAAUCAGUGCGUCGUCGGCGAAGUCCCUACCAUAUUGUUAGGCAAUGCCGGUGAUCAUGACGGUCCUUACGACGGGGUCAUGAUAGGAUGUUGACGCGAACAAUGUCGGUUGCGCUUAUUGUUAUUUAAAUAUAAGACGGAUUUAAACCAUGAUCUCAUUGCUUGAUUGCCGAUGUUCUCCUUUCACGCGGCUGUCAGUCCUAACAAGGAUUUCCUUUUCAUCUUCCUCAUUCCGGGUAUUUUGAUGUGCGUUUUGCUUCACAAACUAGACCAGGGUGGAGGAUCCGCGCAAGCGGGUCACGACUCGUAAUCGAUACCCGUAUCUCAGUGACCUUAUUCGGAACAA